AUGGGUAUUAUAUCGACCUUAUGGUUGUUCCUCUUCCAUUUCGUUUUGUGUCUACAGCUUUCAUCUUCAGCUGUGGAUACUAUCAGUCAAGGUUCAUCCCUCUCAGUGGAGAAACCAGAAGAUGUCAUGCUCUCACCAAAUGGCAUGUUCUCUGCUGGCUUCUACGCUGUUGGUGACAAUGCCUAUUCCUUUGCCAUUUGGUUUUCCGAAUCCAAUGGCCAAACCCAAAACGCUACGGCGGUAUGGAUGGCAAACCGUGACCAGCCCGUCAACGGGAAGCGUUCAAAGCUUUCCCUACUUGACAAUGGUAAUCUCGCCUUAACGGAUGCAGAUGGAUCCCUCGUUUGGUCCACAAAUACUGUUUCAUUGUCCUCCGUACAUCUGUCUCUUAACGAUGUUGGUAACCUUGUUCUGCGUGUGGGUGAUGGUGUCAUCCUGUGGCAAAGCUUUGAUUUCCCUACAGAUACACUUGUUCCACAACAAGUGUUCACCAGACAUGCAAAACUAGUCUCUUCAAGAAGUGACACUAACAAGUCCUCGGGUUUCUAUUCACUGUUUUUCGACAGUGAUAAUAUUCUUCGUCUUCUCUAUGAUGGUCCUGAAGUUUCAGGCCUUUACUGGCCAGAUCCUUGGCUGGCCCCUUGGCAGGCUAACAGAGAAAGUUACAACAACAGUAGAGUUGCAGUGCUGGAUACCCUUGGCAAUUUCAGUUCAUCAGAUGAACUCACUUUUAUGACAUCUGAUUAUGGGACCGUGAUCCAAAGAAGAUUCACUGUUGAUUAUGAUGGAAAUAUCCGUGUUUACAGUCGGAGACACGGAGGAGAGAAAUGGUCUACUACAUGGCAAGCGACGUCAAGGCCAUGCAGGAUUCAUGGCAUUUGUGGCCCCAACAGUUUGUGCUUAUAUAAUGUUGUUUCUGGCAUCAAAUGCUCCUGUCUUCCAGGCUAUAAGAUGACGAAUGAUGGGGAUUGGGCAUAUGGGUGUGAACCAAAAUUCUCUUUUACUUGCAACAAAACCGAGUCUCGCUUUAUAUCUAUAACCAACGUGGAGUUAUAUGGCUAUGACUACGGGGCCAUGGCAAAUUACACACUUGAUCAGUGUAAGGAGUUAUGCUUGCAAUUGUGCGACUGUAAAGGUAUCCAGUAUAGCUAUGAAUAUGGUCCUGGCACUUAUACCUGUUAUCCGAAGUUGCAGUUAUGGAAUGGGUAUCGUACACCAGAUUUUAGUGCUGAUCUGUACUUGAGACUGCCAGCAAGCAGUUCAUAUUCUUAUGACGAGGAGUCCAUAGAUGAGUACAGUAUUUCUUGUUCCGCUAAUUCAAAAAUAAUACAACUCGAAAGAGCGUAUGCCAUAGACCAUGGAAACAGAUAUGUUAAGUUCAUGCUCUGGUUUGUAGCAGGAGUGGGUGGACUUGAAAUUUUGUGCAUAUUUCUGGUUUGGUAUUUUUUGUUAAGGACAAGGCAACUUUCUGCAGAUGCACGAGUUUAUAGUCGGGCGUUAGCUGGCUUUAGAAAAUUCAGUUAUUCUGAGCUGAAACAAGCCACCGAAGGUUUUAGUAAAGAGAUCGGAAGGGGUGCAGGAGGGAUUGUAUACAAAGGUGUCUUGUCUGAUCAACGAGUUGCAGCAAUAAAGAGACUGAAGGAAGCUAAUCAAGGAGAAGAAGAUUUCCUUGCGGAAGUAAGCAUCAUCGGAAGGCUUAACCACAUGAACUUGAUUGAGAUGUGGGGAUAUUGUGCUGAGGGAAAACACAGGCUACUUGUGUACGAGUACAUGGAGCAUGGAUCUCUAGCAGAAAAUAUCAAGUCUAAUGGAUUGGAUUGGACAAAAAUGUUUGACAUAGCCUUAGGCACGGCAAAAGGUCUUGCUUAUAUCCAUGAGGAGUGCUUGGAGUGGAUUCUGCACUGUGAUGUAAAGCCCCACAAUAUACUUCUUGAUUCUAAUUAUCAGCCAAAGGUUGCAGAUUUUGGGCUGUCAAAGCUGCGGAGCAGAAAUGAAACUAAAUACUCUAGUUUUUCAAGGAUACGAGGAACCAGAGGUUACAUGGCUCCUGAGUGGGCUUUCAAUCAACCAAUCACCUCCAAAGUUGAUGUUUAUAGCUACGGGAUUGUUAUCUUGGAAAUGGUCACGGGAAAGAGCGCAACAAUGGACAUUCAUACCUCUUAUGGAGUAGAGAGGCAGCGUCUCAGCCUGGUCACGUGGCUGAAAGAGAAACAGAAUGAAGGUUCUGCAUGGGUUCAUGAAAUCUUAGACCACACCAUAGAAGGAGGUUAUGACGAAAGUAAGAUGGAAGCUUUGGCGAGAGUGGCUUUGCAAUGUGUGGAGGAAGAGAAGGACAAGAGGCCCACCAUGAGCCAAGUUGUAGAGAUGCUUCAGAAAUCUAGCCGCGAAAAAGAUAAUCAGGGAUCAUUAUGA